GGUCUAGCGGAUGACAUGCAGAAGAAGGGCCGUGCCGGGCGUCCGCACGGCGACAGAGCCGGGCUCCAAGUCGCGCUCAGCACGGGGGGGGAGCCGGGGACCCGGUGGGAUCCGAGACGGGGCGGGGCACGUCGGGGGCAGCCGGGACUGCGCGGCCCCCCGGCCUGCCCGUCCUGGGGAGGCGGCGGAGGCCCCGCUGAGUCACGAGAGCCCACACCGGCGGCCCCCGGCGUGGGACGCGCCUGCGGCGAGGAGCUGCCGCCGGCAGCCCGUGCCCCCGCCUCGGCCAUGGCGGGUCCGGGGGACCCCGCGGAGCGCUGCUCCUGCCGCAACACCGACUGCCUGGAGCGGCCGCUGCGGCGGCUCUUCGAAGGGCUGGCGAGCGGCGUGGCCGCCUGCCCCUGGCCCUUCGUGCUGGUGCCGCUGCUGCUGUCGGGCGGGCUGGGCGCCGGCUUCCUCUUCCUGCCGCAGCGGCAGGCGAACGACAUCGAGGAGCAGUUCACGCCGACGGGGGGGCCCGCCAAGGCCGAGCGCGACUUGGUGCGGCGGCACUUCCCCACCAACGACUCGCAGCGCUUCUCCGCCCCCCGCCUGCCCACCGAGGGCGCCUACGCCGCCCUCAUCGCCGUGGCGACCAACGGCACCUCGGUGCUGGACCCGACGGCGUGGGAAGAGGUGCUGCGGCUGGACAAGACCGUGCGCGACCCCGACUACGAGCGGCUCUGCGCCCGCAGCGACGGCAGCUGCGCCAGCCCCAACCCGCUGCUGUCGCCGAGGGGCGAUGAGCGACCGCCCGUCUCGGGGAGCCUCCAGUUCCCCGUCAACGGCAGCGUCUUCCUGGGGGCCGCGCUGGGCGGCGUGGACGCGGACGGCGGGCGGCUGCUGUCGGCGCGGGCCCUGAAGCUGGUGUAUUACCUGCGGGAGGACGGCCCCGAGGCGGAGGACAGCCGGCAGUGGCUGCACAGCUUCCUGCGGAACAUCUCGUCGAAGCUGAGGGAGUUGCACCUCAGCUCCAUUCAGGUGACUUACUUUACGUCGCUGUCCAGACAACAGGAGUUUGAAGGAAAUACCAAGAGCGUGAUCCCGCUCUUCUCCAUAACGUAUUUCUUGACAAUAAACUUUGCAAUCUUCUCUUGCUUAAGACUCAGCUGUAUAAGAAAUAAUGUCUGGCUUGCCUGCUGUGGAGUGGUUUCUGCCGGCUUAGCUGUGUUUAGCAGCUUUGGAUUGAUGCUCUUCUGUGGAGCGCCGUUUGUGGUCACUGUAGCAAACGCACCGUUCCUGAUUCUGGGGGUUGGCGUUGAUGACAUGUUCAUCAUGAUCGCUUCCUGGGAACAAAGUUCAAGGAAAAAAGAGAAAUCCAGUGUUAAAUCUCUGCUGGCUGAGACUUACUCAGAGGCAGCACUUUCUGUGACCAUCACCACUCUCACGGAUGUUUUGGCCUUCUUCAUUGGCACCUGGACUGCUUUUCCCUCCGUGAGAGCUUUCUGCCUCUAUACAGGCACUGCUUUUGUCUUCUGCUAUGUAUAUACCCUGACCUUCUUUGGGGCAGUUCUUGUAUUAAAUCAUAAAAGGGAGCAAGGAAACCGACACUGGCUGACUUGUAUGCGUGUGGGAGUAGAUAAAGAUCAGGCUGAGAACUCCUGCUUGUACAACGCUUGCUGUGUCGGCAGCUGUUCCAGGCAGUCCUCUGAGCCAGAAGGGGAACAUCCAAUGAGCAUAUUCUUUAAAGAGUAUUACGGGCCUUUUUUUACAAAUAAAUGGGUCAAGCUACUCGUGGUGUUGCUGUACGGAGCGUAUUUGGGUGGCAGUGUUUAUGGGUGUACUCAGAUCAGGGAAGGCAUCGAUCUUCGAAAUCUGGCUAAUGAUGACUCUUACGUUAUUCCAUACUAUGAUGAUGAUGAGAAAUACUUCUCGACGUAUGGACCCAGGGUCAUGGUUGUCAUUCCUGAGAGGGUAGAUUACUGGAAUGAGGCGGUUCGUCGUGGCAUUGAGAGCUGUGCACAGAAUUUGGAGAACAUUUCCUACGUUGAUAAGAACCUCUCAGAGUCCUGGCUGAGAGUAUACACAGUACUCGCUGAAAGCAGUUCGAUAAAUAUAAACGAUAAGACUCAGUUCUUUAAUAACUUACCUGUACUGUUCAGCAUUCGUUCCAGUUUUGCGUGGGACUUAAACAAGACUCAGGAUGAAAUAGAAGCUUCACGUUUCUUCCUCCAGACAGUGAACGUGACCUCAGCCGUUGAUGAGAAGAAUCUUCUCAAUCAGUUAAGAGAGACAGCCAGGCAGUGCAGUAUUCCACUGAAGGUGUAUCACCCGGCAUUCAUCUACUACGACCAGUACCUGGUAAUAGUGCAGAACACCGUUCAGAACGUUGCCGUUGCUGCCGGGGCAAUGCUCGUUGUCUCCCUUCUGCUCAUUCCCAACCCGUUGUGCUGCCUGUGGGUGACUUUUGCAAUAGCUUCUGUUAUAGUUGGUGUGACGGGUUUCAUGUCGUUCUGGAACGUCAAUCUCGAUUCCAUAUCCAUGAUCAACCUGGUCAUUUGUAUAGGGUUUUCGGUAGAUUUUUCUGCUCAUAUUUCCUAUGCCUUUGUUACGAGUGGAGAGUCAUCAACCAAUAAAAGGGCAAUCGAAGCGCUGUCCCUGCUCGGUUACCCGGUAUUACAAGGUGCAGUUUCUACUAUAUUAGGAGUUGUUGUCCUGGCUGCAGCAAAAACCUACAUCUUUAGGACCUUUUUCAAGAUCAUGUUUCUUGUCAUUUUGUUUGGCGCUCUUCAUGGUCUUGUUUUCAUUCCAGUGUUUUUAACAUUUUUUGGAAAAUUUGGCACAUCACCCCACAAUACCAAAUCUGAAAAUCCAGAGCUUAGCUUAAGAAAUUAUAAAGAUUGCUCAUGACUACAUUAAAUAUGUUCUAUUUUAUAUAUAUUAUAUAUUGAUUGAAAUGCAGUGACUUUCAGGGAAUGUAAGAAAUGAAAAAAAUGAAGGACGGAAAAAUAAAUACAUCAGGGAAGGAAGGCUUCAAAAAAGCCAUGCAAGAAAAACAACAGAAGAAAUGAAAACUUAGAAAGUGCAUUUGCAUUUCUCAUUUUUGUGUGUGCUUGAUUCAACAUCUUAAUGUUGUUAAAUAUUUUUUGUGUUUACUGAAUGUAUUAAAAUGACUCCUAAGCCUGCAGGAGACAAAGUCUGCUUAGGCUCCUAAUGCAGCACAAGAAACCGUUGGUGAAGACAAAUGGACUCGCAUUUUCUGUUCAAAGCCUUAUUGUCUUGGUGAUCUGUUUUCUAGCUAAGAUUAAACAUUUGGUACCUUUAA